AUGAGUAUCCCCAAUGGAACAAUUUACGAAUUAUCAACUGAAUCGAAGCAACAAAACGAAAAUAUGUUCAUACAGAAUGAUACAAUUGAAAAAGACAUCGAUUAUUUGAAUCAUAAACUAACUACCUCACAAACUGAACUAGCUCAAUCGAAAAAAAUAAAUGGGGAGUUAUUAAAAGAGAAUGGCCGGAUGAAGAAGAAAAUCAACAGUCUAGAAAAACAUUCUAAGAAAUAUAACUUAUUCAUAAACGGAUUAGCAGGCGAAGAAAAAAAUACCAAAGAAGAUAUCUAUACCCUAUCGAGAAACAAACUCGGAAUCGAAUAUUCUGAAAGUGACAUCAGAGAUACAUAUAGGGUUGGCAGAGCUAAUACAAAUACAACUAGACCUGUAAUAAUUGAAGUGUCCACAUAUAAUUUGAAAACUGAAAUACUCCAACUUGCCAGAACCAAACUGAAAAAUACAGGGAUCUUCAUUGCCCCUGACAACACACAAGAAGAGUCCCAGAAAAUGAAAUUCCUAUACGGACAACUCAAACUAGCCAGAGAAAAAGGAUCAUCGGUGAACGGUGUCUUGAUGGUGAAUGGUGGAAAAUAUACAUAUGAAGAUUUGACGAAGUCACCUGAAGAAGAAGAGUAUAUAGGAUAUGAACAAAAGAAGAAUUCUAUAAGUGUAUCAUCUACUCAAACACCUCAAAAAACAGAUCUAGUACUACUCACUCCAACUGCAAAGGACAAGGAAACAAAAAAUGAGAAAAGCGGUAAAGAGAGAGAAGAACUACUGAUGAAGAAGACAGGAACCCUACCCAAGUCACAUCUUAUAACACGCUCAAAGGAAAGAAAUAAUUCAGAAAAAUAA